GGUACAGAAUCACGACAGCCUAGAACGCGUUCGAGUUUUAGUGUCGUGAAAGAAAAUCUAUAAAACCGUCAUCAUGAAAGUCGCCAUUUUUAUGGGAUUCUUGGUUUGUCUGAACUUGGCUACUACCGAUGCGGCUGACAUGAGCGAAAGGCUUCUGCAUUUCAAAGGGGUAGUCGGAAGCGUCGAUCCCUUCAAAUUAUCGGACGUUUCUCUAGUUUUUUCUGAUGACAUUUCUGUCACCCUUAAGUCUGGAUCUAUAGGCAACUUCUCCAGAUUUGAAUUAACGCAAAACGAUGUAGUGGACGGUGUCAUCAAUGCUACUUUAUACUACCCUUCAAUUGAUUAUAGUGUUGACCGGCUCUCUGUGUCCAGUAAGAAAUUGGGUAUUAAUUAUGUUGUUCCAUUCUUACGCGGUUCUUUCCUUGGAAUAUUCGAAAAAGUCACCCACCUUUUCAGCCACAACCCUCUCAAAAUGGAAACUUUCCUCCUUUCCGUAGAAGUCAGCGAUUUGGUCGUACAGGGCUCAGCUAAAGUAAAUGGCUCCGUUCUAAAUCUCAAGGUUGGUAAGGAAGGGGUUAAACCAUUUAAUAACUUGGUAGCAAAAUAUGCAGAAGCAGGAAGCAAACUCCUUAUGGAUAUCUUCAAUGACUAUUUGAUCAUCAAUAGACUUUAAAAACUAUACAUGUGAUAUACUAUGUAACUCUCCGAAUACUGAUUUUAAUCAAAUAAAAUAUGUUUUGUGUUAUAA